CAACUUCAACGCCUGGUCUCAAUGCAUGAUAAUCUAACACAAAUCAAAUCCAAGUUCAAGUUCAAACAAAUAAACCCAGAGAAACCAAUCAAGGCGGUACCUAUGAAAGCAAAGGGUUGUCGACCAUGGGUAAGGUAGGUGACCCAGUGCUCCUAGCACCACUCGGGCUUUCCACUCUGCGUCCUUGUCCAGGGAGCCGGUUCCAAGAAGAUAAUGCUGAAAACCCAGGGAGAGAAGGAAGAGAGGAAGAAAAGCGGAAGGGAAAUUGGGGGGGGGGGGGAGAAAGAACAGGCAAUCAAAUCGGUCAUUUUCCAUCAAAAAAAGUAAAAAUAAAAAGCUAGCUAGCUGACUCGCUCAUCCAUUCCUAGAUUAUAGGUUGGCUUGGGGUAAUUUAUAAAUGUACAGGA